ACACAAUAUCUCUAAGUACUUCACAAAAUGAGUCUCUCCAAAAAUCUAUCCAUUUUGUUCUUCCUUUCAAUCACCCUCUGCUUCAGUCUAGCCCAUGCAGCUAGAUUUGAUGUAAGAAACAGUUGCCCCUUCACAGUUUGGGCCGCAGCAAUACCAGGUGGUGGCAAGCAGCUCAAUCGAGGUCAAAUAUGGAGCUUUAACGUUAAUGCCGGAACAGAAGGGGCUCGCAUUUGGGGUCGAACAGGCUGCGUUUUCAAUGCUGCAGGACGUGGCAAAUGCCAGACCGGUGACUGCGCCGGGCUUCUCCAAUGCCAAGCCUUUGGUAAUGCCCCAAACACCCUUGCCGAAUAUGCUCUAAACCAAUACAACAACAUGGACUUCUACGAUAUCUCGCUUGUUGAAGGGUAUAAUGUUCCUAUGGAGUUUAGCCCCACGUCUAAUGGAUGCACUCGUGGAAUAAGAUGUACUUCUGAUAUCAACGGGCAGUGCCCCGCUGAGUUGAGGGCCCCCGGAGGCUGUAACAACCCCUGCACCGUGUACAAGACCGACCAAUAUUGCUGCAGUUCUGGAAGCUGUGGCCCUACAGGCUUUUCCAGAUUCUUCAAAGAUCGCUGCCGCGAUGCUUUUAGUUACCCCCAGGAUGACCAAACAAGCACAUUCAUGUGCCCAGGUGGUUCUAACUACGAGGUUGUCUUCUGCCCUUGAAGAGGAAGGAAACUAGCUGGUAAUUAAUGUAAAAUAAUAUGUGACGUAAUAAAAGCUUAAAGGCUUUGUGAGCACACGUACAUGUGUGCAGAUCGACGCCACAUUACGUAUAUAAUAAUAUAUGAUGGAAUAAAAGCUCUCUGUUUGCUUCGGUUUUUA